AUGAGCGGCAACACCAUUACAAUAAGGGACCCAUCCAGAACAACCCCCUCCCCACGUUCCCAACCCACCACCACUCCCGAGCGUAAUAUUUUUACCAACCCGGCGCAAACAUCCGAAGAAUCAAGCGCAGAAGAUGAUAUCGACGAGUCUCCAUUACCUUCCUCGGCAUCCAUUCCCUCGCCCUCGCCGUCCCCGGCCCCGGCCCCAGCCCCGGUACCAUCCCCUUCUCCAUCCGUCCUUCUCGCAGAGCUACCCUACGGGUUACUCUCCCCAACACCCGUCUCAUCAGUUACCGCUUCGCCCACACCCCCUGCCUCCCGUUGGGUCAAUUUCUCGCCCUCGCCUAGGGCUGGGUCGAGGUCCCCUUUCUCAUCUUACACCUCUAUCUCAGAGGGAGGCUCGGAUGAUGAGGGCUGGCCGGAUGAUGAGGAGUGGUUGAACGCAGCAGCAGUGUUAGAGAACGCGGAUGACGAUGAUGAAGACGACGAGGACAAUGAUAGCGACGAGGAGGAUGACGGCACCGAGAACAGUAAUAGCGACGACAACGAAAGUACCGGCGGUCAGACCCUGUUCUGCUCCAGAUACGAUAGCUGGCCUGAUUUCGAUGACGAUUCCCCGGGAGGCCAAACGACCAACUACAUCAGCGACGACGAGGAUGGCAGCGAAUGGGAUAUCAAAAGCGAUGCCCUUCAUGAAGGACCACGGUACCCAGGCAUGAACGCUUUCAGACUAGAAGGGUACACUCCUGCUCAUGAUCAGCCGCUUGAUUCGGGGGACCAGGAGCUUGAAGGAAUCUACAUCACUGAUGAUGAGGAUGAGGAAAGCGACGCCGACGACGAAGACGAAGACGAAUGGGCUAUAGAAAACGAGUCUGAGCUUGAAGCACAACCGUGGGGAGCAGGAAUGCGGAUUAUUCAUUAUCAUCCGUCCAUGUGGAUGUAA